AUGUCAAAAAUUACUGUUGAUACAUCAAUAUUACCAGCAAAUAUUUUUUUUCUUCACGAUCAAAACUUUUAUGACAUUGUUAUUCAAGUUACUGGAAGUCAAGGUAUUGUUGACUUGUUAAAGGCUCAAGGCAUUAACAACAUCAGUGCAUUUCUUCUAACACCUGAUAUAUUUGAAAUAUUAACCUGGGAUGCAGACGAAUUUAUUGACUUACACAAACGAUGUUCUAUACAAUUACGAAAUAAUACAUUUAUGAUUCGACCUGGUUUAAAAGCAAAUGUUGAAUAUUUACGUGAAUUAUUUACAAAAAAAAAUGAAGAAUAUGCCAAAGAAUUAAAACAUAAACAACAACAGCAACAACACAGAUUUUAUUUGCCACCAAUAUCUGCAGAUCUUCCAUCAACAGGUACAAGUACUACGGAUACUAGUAACAAUUCUAGCUCGUUUUCUACGGGUACGAAUAAUUUUUCUGCUCCUAUUACAACAACAACUAGUGAUGAUCCAAAACAAAUCAUAAUAAAUGCAAUUGAAAAAUGGAGUAUUGAAAAUUUUGAAAUUUUUGGUAAUCAUGAUUUCAUCUUGACCGAAGGUGUUCAUUAUGAUUUGAUUAUACAAAGUACGAAUGAUGUAUUUAUUCAAUGUAAGUGUAAUGAAAAGUUAAUUGUUUCAAGAUCAAAUAGUAGGUUUCUCUUAUCCAAUUAUUAUCGUCAUUUGAGAGAUAAUCAAAAAUGCACAUUGAUGAAAAAGCUUAGAAGUUUGACAAUCAAUGAUGAACAACAAGAAGACGUACAUGAACAUUCAAAUAUUUCAACUGCAGCAAGGUUAUCCUCAUUACCUUUGCAACCUUUAAGUCAACAACACUUUGCAGAAACAGUAGCAGUAGCUUCUCUUUUGAAUGAUUCAACAAAUAAACCAACAGCAAAAUCACAAAAGGGAAAAAGAAAUAAUAAGCGUUUUGCAGAAAAUGAUGCCGAUAAUUCUUAUGUUACUAAGAGAACUAAGAUCUAA